GAUGAGCACGAUAACCUUAAGGAUAUAUUUAAAACCUGGCCACAGUAUAAAGAGGGUCUUGGAGUAAAGUUGAUUAACAUGGACUUCGGAGUGCUGCAUAAAGACUACACACCAAUAUUCGAAUGGGAAACUAAACUUAUUACGGUGUAUAAUGUGAUUAAGAAGGAAAAAUACAUUAAAGAUGCUGGAAUUAAAUCAGUUUUCGAUAGAAUUGAUCCAUCAGACGCAGCUUCAAACAUGUCUUUAUUUAUGAUGCGCUUGACUUGGUGUCUACACGGCUACUUAUAUCCAACAUCAAAAUACCUCCGUAAAGAUAAAGAUGGAAAGAAAACGUAUGGGAAAUACACCAUAAAAGACUCCCAAGAAUCGUCAAUAUUCCUCGCACGAAGUAUCCAAGAAGUAGACAACCACUUAAAUUUCUUAGAAAAGAGAAAUGAGAAUAUUCAACCUUUUAUUUUUGUUGUUGGAGAUGACAAUUUAGAAGAUAAUGACUACAAUUUCUAUGUUUAUUUAGACCAUGCAUUGCUACAUUUUGUAGAUUUCCAGCGAGCACUAGAUACUUGCUUCAAAAGCUUUUUCUUAUUUAAUUUAGAAUUUCCCGGAGCAUCCAAUCAGUUCUGGAUCUUUGUUCAAGAGUACUUCUAUGACAUGAAAUCAGCUCACACAAAAAAUUUUUCAAAAAUACUAAAUAUUUUAAGCGAUUUAAAUUAUACCGAGAACUGAUUUAUAUAUAAAUUAUCUACAUUUAAUAUUUAAUUUUGUAUUUGAAUAUAAUUCAAACGCUUAUGUACAUUUUUAAAUUUUAUCACAUUUAUUUAUUAAUUCAUUAUUCUAAGGAAAUAUUGAAAUCUAUAUUCAUUGUAAAACCCGUAAUGAAUUAUUUUUU